AAAGCACACCGCAACAAAACCGAGCAGUCAGAUCAAAACCAAACCAAACCAAAUCCCCAACCAGAGGAGGCGGGAGUAGGCGCGGCCGCGAGACGGCGACAACUCAGGUGCGGGAGAGCGGAGCCGUCGGCGAGGCGGGGUGCCCCCACUCGGCGCAGCGCGGCCCCACCACGUCGCCGGCGGCGGCGGAUUCGGCCGGAGCCUGAGCCCUCCCCUGCGGCCAAUGCCGGUGGAGCGAGGCCAGCGAUAAGAAAUCACCGUGGGUAUGGAGCUGACUGGAGCUGUGGUGCGUAGGGGAGAUGCGAGAGAUUUCGUUAUUAGAGAUUAAAGUUCUGCAAGUGCUUGUUGCUGCUCUCAAGUUUUAUCGGCUGUGUUGAGAGAUUGGGAGCCAUGGAGUCACGGAUGGAUCAGUACGAGGUUAUGGAGCAAAUUGGCCGUGGCGCCUUUGGUGCUGCCAUCCUCGUGAACCACAAGAUAGAGAAGAAGAAGUAUGUGUUGAAGAAAAUACGCCUUGCAAGGCAGACCGAGCGAUGCCGCAAGUCUGCUCAUCAAGAGAUGGCCCUUAUUGCUCGCUUGCAACAUCCUUACAUCGUUGAGUUCAAGGAGGCAUGGGUUGAGAAGGGCUGCUAUGUUUGCAUUGUGACGGGAUACUGUGAAGGUGGCGAUAUGGCUGAAUUGAUGAAGAAAGCAAAUGGAACAUACUUCCCAGAAGAGAAACUUCUGAAAUGGUUCGCUCAAUUGGCAUUAGCUGUUGACUACUUGCAUUCAAACUUUGUUUUGCAUCGGGACCUCAAGUGCUCAAACAUAUUUCUGACUAAAGAACAGGACAUUCGUCUUGGAGAUUUUGGCCUGGCCAAGACUUUAAAGGCAGAUGAUUUAACCUCUUCGGUUGUGGGAACACCAAAUUACAUGUGCCCAGAGUUGCUUGCAGACAUUCCUUAUGGAUUCAAGUCGGAUAUAUGGUCUCUUGGAUGUUGUAUGUAUGAGAUGGCUGCUCAUCGACCUGCUUUCAAGGCUUUUGAUAUGGCUGGACUGAUAAGUAAGAUAAAUCGCUCCUCCAUUGGCCCUUUGCCUACUUGCUAUUCUUCAUCUAUGAAAGCACUUAUCAAAAGCAUGUUGAGGAAGAGUCCUGAACAUCGGCCUACUGCAUCUGAUAUUGUGAAGAACCCAUACCUGCAACCUUAUGUAAAUCAAUACCGCCCAUUCGUUGAUAUAUUACAUCCUGGUCGAUCGCUGGAGAAACCUAUCACAAGCUCACGGAGCAGUCAGAUAAGUAUGUCUGGGAGUCAGUGUAGUAGCAUUUCUGGAAGUGAUAUGGACGGUAUACAAUCAAGUGAAAGAAAUACAUCAGGACUAGCUUCAAGUUCCAACACCACCAUUGAUACUGAAGAUGCUGAAACUACUGGUCAUGUGUUGAUUAAAAAAUGUUCAAGACCUGAUGAUCUUCAGAGCCAUAAGGACACUGCUGGUCCUGAACUGGAGAGACAAGACUCAUCUAAAUCCAUACAUAUUAAUCAGCAUCCCAAACAUGAGAGUAAGCAACCAAAAAUAAUUAAGAAGAUACUAACUACUCUAAGAGAGGAGAGCAAGUUCAGAGAAAGUAAUUCACCUGUGAGAGCUAGCGUAAAGCUAAAUUCACCAAGUAAUAGAGAGUGCUCAUCUGACAACUCAAAGCACAACAGUAAGAUUUCCUCCAGUUCAAAGUCUAGUGAAGUGAUGUCACAUGAAUCAGAAAAAGUAAGUUGUGAACCUGUGAAACGAGGACAAGCAUCUCCUCCCUUGAAGCUUUUGUCACCAAUUGUUGAGCAUUCUCCGAAGGUUAAAACUAAAGUAGAUGAGCCGCUGCAGGUAGACCCUGCCAAGCAGGUUGUGGAAGAUGUUGAUGCAGCUGGAGGGAAGGCUAAGAACAAAACACCACCCAGUUUUAUUAGAUGUCCUAGUAUUCCUGCUCGGAGGCAAGGAGUAGCGAGUCCAAUCCGUCAGCACACUGGGACAAAACGAGCUCACAAUAAGGUCAUGACAGAGCAUGCAAAAAGUCCUUGCCGACCUGUCUAUAGUCCAAAUAAUGCUCACGUGGAAAUUCCAGGUGUUCCUAUAAUUCCUUUAAGUAAUCUGGAAGGUAUUCAGAGGAAACCUGCUCCACCUAGGUCUGUAGCAGCCAAGGAAGACAGCAGUGCUUGCUCCAGUUCUACAAUCGGUUAUGCUGAAAAUAUCAGCCUGUCUGAACCAUCUGAACCUGACUCACCAACCCACUUGGUCUCAUCAUGCAAAUGUUCAAUCCCCGACACUACCAUACAAAAGCAUGGUGUACAAACUAAACCAAUUUCUGAGGUCAACACUACAAAUUUUCAGAAGGAAAUGACUAGUAAUGGUGAUAUUAGUCUAAGCUCAGACAUGGAGCCAUCUUUUGAUAUUACUGAACAGGAGUUUAUUUGCAAGGAUGAUAUGCCCUCCAGUGAGGUGGGCCAGAGCAGUGACACAGUCACUGUACAAAGUGAUGAAGACAAGUUCACAGUGCAGGAAUUGCUUUCAUCAGUACCACAUGUUGCUUCCUUUGUUCCAACAACAACCAAAAACAUUGAGCCAGACAAAGGAUCCACUCCUGUCCAGUCAUCAGAGAAAUCAUCAGCUCAUUUAAAUCCACCUCCAGUUGAGGACGUUAUACAUGUCAUUGGACACAGCAGUUUCUGUGUCAAUGGUGCGCAGACAGUAAAAGAGAGUGCUGAAACGCGAGUGCAAAUCGUUGACGUCGGCAAACCAGCCAGUACAGAUGCGAUAAAAUUGCCCACCAUACCGGAAGUAAAUUUUAGUACUCCCGAGAGCAACAAUGGAUUUAAGGAGGAAGCAACUCCAGCUAAGGAAACACUAGAUGUUACAUCCUUCAGGCAGCGAGCUGAGGCUCUUGAAGGGCUCUUAGAGCUUUCUGCGGAGCUACUGGAACACAGUAGGCUUGAGGAGCUUGCGGUUGUGCUGAAGCCAUUUGGGAAGCUCAAGGUGUCCCCUCGAGAAACGGCGAUCUGGUUGGCUAAAAGCUUUAAAGGCAUGAUGAAUGAUGAAGCGAGCCGCAGUUCAACGUGAUUACUUGUAGCCUUUACCUUUUCUAUUGAUAUUUUGUUUUGUGCUCUGAAUCUGCACAGGUUGUUUGUUCAUAAUACGCUUCUUCACAUCGUGUGAUCAAAUUGUCCCAUGUCUCCAUUUCGAUAGUUCUCCAUUUUUUACAGCACAUGGUGUAAAUAGCCCAGAUUUGUGAACAGAAAAUAAGACAUGGCAAAGAUGAUGUUAAAAUUUACACAAUUGCGGUAAUGGAAAGGCUACGUUGGUCAAAUA